AUGACUCUGGCCGAAUCGACUGUCUCUCCGAGUCUCUUCCUCUUGGCGUCGAGAGUCUUCUCUACUUCUCCGACGACGACGAUUUUGGCUCCGACGCAGAGUCGUUCUCUCCCGACGACGACUCUGGCUCCAACUCAGAGUUCUCUCUACUCUCUGGCUCAUAGGACUCUGUACUCUACUGUCGCCGCUCCAAUGCUAAGUCGUUCUCUUUCGACGGCGACGAGUCUUCUGUACUCGAUCCCGAGUCGGACUCCGUACUCGACUCUGACUCCAACGACGGCUUCUCUGUAUUGGAGUCGGACAACUCUGGCUUCAACGAGACAGAUGAUUCGUUUUCUCUUCUCUGCGGUAACUAAAAGAUACAUUUAUUCAAUAAUAGUUUGA